AUGGUGAAGAACAUAUUCAAAGAGGCCUUUGAUGGCCUCAAGGAGUUCAAGCCGAGCGAAAGGCGCAACAUCAUCUUGUACAUCAUCGGCAUCAUGAUCUACAAGUUCGGCCUGGAGGCUUUCAACGGAUCGAUAGUCGCCCUGGCCACCAACAGAUACGACUACGACGCGUUCCUGAGCGGGUCGAGUUCAAAGACGUUUGAGAGGGUGGGUCUGCUCACGGGGCUGAACCAGGCCAUGCAGUGUGUAGGAUCAAUCAUCAUCGCGCCGCUCAUCAAGCAGUACCCGACGAAGAAUGUGCUGUCCGGGGCCAUCAUCGUCUUUGGCAUCUUCACCGCCAUCCUGUUGAUCGUCGAUGCUGCUUCUGGGGGCACGUGGAUACCAGAGGAGUACAAGGGGCUCAACCAUCCUGAUGACCAGUUUGAAUACUACGGAAAGUUCAACACCGACGGCAUGAUUCCCAUCUAUGCGGUGUGCGGUGUGGCGUACGGCAUGGUUGAGUUGAUCCGGCGCAUCAUCCCCAGGGACAUCGUGGGAGGCAACGUCCAGAAGCUGAGGAGAAUGGACUCGGUGGUCCACAUCUUCUACGAAAUCACAGGCACGACCGGCGCCUUCGUGACAGCCCUGGUCCUAAUCCCCCAGCUGGGCAACAACCGCGCCUUCAUAGUCACCCCCAUAUCGUUCCUCUUCUGCGCCGUCUCAUGGUUCUUCAUCUCGGACCUGGGCCACGAGAAGAACAGCAACAAGGCCCAGGUCCUAGCCAAGCAGCCGGGCUACAUCAGGGCGACGCUGGGCGGGUUCUGGCUCUUCUUCGAGUCCAUCGGCGUGGGGGCCAAGAUCCUCUUCACGUCGCGCAAGUUCAUCUGGCUCGUCCCGGGCUACGCCAUCGCGCUGUACGGGCACCGGUACCUGGAGAACGGCAUCGCGCCCCAGGUGGCCAGGCGGUACCUGGGCCAGUCCGGGUGGUCGCAGCUCAUGGUGGGCGGGUCCAACAUGGGCGAGCUGCUCGGCGCGCUGGUGGUGUUCCUGUCCAACAACUACGUGCAGACGCCGAUGCCCUGGCUGCGUCUCGACGCGCUGCUCCUGUUGAUCGUCUGGUACAUCCCGUCAUGGCGCCCGCCUCGCAACCAGGUGGGCCAGGCGUGGCUCGUGGCCGCGACGUUCAUGCCCAUCUCGUUUGGGUGGGCGGCCGGCGAUGUCUCACUCGCGGCAUACAUCCAGGCGAGUCUUGCCAGGCUCGAGUCCAAGAACAAGAACGUGUCUGCUCUCGGGGCGGUCAUGGCGUUCCUCUACUCGUUUUAUAUUGUGACCUACGCCAUCCUAGGCACAUUCCUCGGAAGGUACCUGGAUGGGGUGUACAACGCAAGCGGGGGCUCGGACGGGGGUAGCAUCUCCAGCGGUCUUGUUUACACGGCCGGAGUACAGUUCACCCUGAUCUGCGUGCUUGUGCUUGCCAGCACCUUUGUGCCCAAGGGUGCGGUUGCAUUCAACCCGAAGAUGCUGUACGACGAGGCGCUGGACGAUGAGGUCGAUAUGAGGGAGACGGACUCUGCAGACAACUCCCCUGUCAUCCGGCCGGGAAGCAGGCUCAACACGGCCGGUUUCGAGGUGGAGGACGAGAAGAAGCCGGCCAUCAUCAUCUGAGGGGUUCGGGUGCGGGUGCGGUUGCGAUGAUCAAUGUUGAUCUUGUUUGUGGUGUUUUCUUACUGGGGCGCUAGAGAGCUGGCAGGGCUGGUUGGAGCGCAUCCGUGAUGAUGCCCAUCAAAUGCACACUGUAACUACGACUGUAGGCCUAGUUGUGCAAUAUUAUAUUUCCG